AGGAACACAAGUCAAUAGAUUUUUGUAAUAAAAAUGAUCUCUGGAUAAGAAUUGCAGUGUUUACUUUCACCUUGGUUUAUUAGCAUAAUCUGAACAUGGUUUUUAUAACAUUGAUCAUUCAUUCAAUGUAUGUUAAUGCAAUAGAGUGGCUUAAACAGAUGCCAAGUUCUUUGUCAUAGGUUAAAGGGUUCUGUGAAGGAUGAAUAUGCAACCGGCUGUCCAUUCCAGAUCAUCUACCAAUGGAUUUGGCCGUCACAGAGGCGAAAGAGAUGUGGGGACCAGGCUGGAGAACAGGUCACAGAGUGGGAAGUCAAAUUCCAAUAACAGAUUAACAUCUACUGGGAGCAAAACUGGUGGCCAUGGGAGUCCUUCACAUGAUCGCUUAGUAUAUAUAACUACUUGUUUUGUUGGUCAGCAUGUGGAUGUCCAUGUGAAAAAUGGAUCCAUAUAUUAUGGAAUAUUUCAUGCAGCAAACGAAAAAGAUUUUGGAAUUAUAUUGAAGAUGGCUCGCUUGACAAAAGAUGGUAGCUCUCGAGGACAAAAGUCUCCCGCGGAGUCAGUUAGCAAGCCUCCCGCAAAGACAUUAAUUAUACCUUCUAAGGAACUUGUGCAAGUUAUAGCAAAGGAUGUUUCUGUUACAAGUGAGGGCCAUUCAAACUCCUUCAACAAUGAGGCUCAGUGUGAAAAACAACAAAAACUUAUGAUAGAUUCUGUCAUAUCGCAAUCUCGCCAUGUUGAGUUGGAGAGAGAACUUGAGCCAUGGGUCCCUGACGAAGAUGAUCCGCAAUGCCCUGAAUUAGAGAAUAUUUUUUAUGGCCAUUGGAAUAGGGGAUGGGACAAGUUUACAGCAAAUGAAGCAUUGUUUGGAGUUAAAAGCACAUUUGAUGAGGAACUUUACACCACAAAGCUUGAGAGAGGUCCUAAGACUCGAGAGUUGGAAAAGGAAGCUCAAAGAAUUGCAAGAGAAAUUGAGGGUGAGGACACUCGUGAUCCUCAUUUAGCAGAGGAAAGAGGCUUUCUACUCAGUGGCAAUUUAGAUAUUGAUGAGGAGACAAGAUUCUCUUCUGUCUAUCGUGGUAAGAUAGCUGAUGACAGUGGUUAUGAUGAGGACGUAUUGGUGGAUUCACAUAAUAAUGAUACCUUUGGAGAUUCCUCUACCUCUGGAAACAGACUGUUUGAAUGUAACCAAGCUGUACAAGUGUUCAUUUACUUUUUGCCAGUUACUUACAACUGAGCAUGGUGGUAUUUUUUUUUGGAUUUUGACUUGUACAUUCAUUUUUCUUAUUAAUAAAAGUGCACUUAGUCAUACGAGUAGAUUCUUUUUUAGAAGUUCAAAUGAUGUUGAUCGUAGCUUUGAUUUGUAUAUAAAGUGAUUUUUUUAUUCAAUUUUACUUUUAAUAUAUAUUUUGAUCUGGUUUAUCUCAGAUUUUUCUUAGAAAUAAUUUAAUAAAGAUUGAAGAAGGGAUAUUGGUUUAUUGCAUUUAUCUAACUCCUUUGAUUUAUCUCUCUCUCUCUCUCUUAUUUUUUUUUAUAAAGGAAAAAUUGAAAGAGAAAAAACCUGCCUCUACUGAGGCACUAAAUCAAAGUCUUCAGGCAAUGCAUACAGCUGGGUGCUUAAGUCUAGCUGACAUUGUGGAAGGCAAGUAUAUCUUUAUCCUACGCUGUAGUUCUUUAAUUCAGAAUAUAGUAUUGUCAUAGGAUUCCUUACUAUGUUUUUGGUUUAAGUUUUUUUUUAUUAGAGAUUAGAUGACAUAAAUUCUUUGCAUUUGAGUGUUUGUAAUCUCUUUGAUUGGUGGUAAUUUUGAUUUUGCCCAAACUGUAAUGGAUGUUGUCUAUUGCAGAUAUUAAGACAGCUGUAAAAAAAUAAAGUUCCUCUUGUACGGUCAUCAACUCUUAACUGGGUAACAUUCUGUAUUGAAACAAGUAACAAAGCUGUUAUUUUAAAGGUGCACAAGGACUAUGUGCCUAUCCUUAUGGAGUGCCUCAAUGAUGGGACUCCAGAUGUGAGGGAUGCAGCCUUUUCAGCUUUGGCAGCGAUAGCUAAGUUGGUUGGUAUGAGACCCUUGGAGCGGUC